AUGUCUUCAUCAUGGUCUCACGGAGGAGUCCACAAUGGCUCCCAAAACGACCCGGAGAAAGGUCUAUACGCCAGCACGGAGAGUUUGGUAGCGUUACCAUCUCUUGCCCAUGUGGACGAGAAGUCACAAGUCUAUAUCGAGACUCUCCGAUCCCAAUUCUCACCAAUCCACGAAGGCAUAACACCCUCCUCAAGUGUUCCAGUCCUGUCUCUAUCAUGGCCAGGAGGGAAGGCGCCUAAACCUCCCGCACCCAAGCCCAAACCUAAACCUUCACGAUGGAUCCUCUUUCAACUUUGGUUCAAUACAUACAAAAAGUUCUUUACUUUUGUCAUCUUACUCAACCUUGUCGGGAUCAUCAUGGCAUCGCUCAACCGUUUUCCUUACGCCAACAAUCACCUAGGUGCUUUGGUGCUUGGCAACUUGCUGGGUGCAAUUUUGAUGCGCAACGAGAUGUUUCUGCGGUUUUUAUACAUAAUCUCCAUCUAUGGCCUGCGAAGUUGGGCUCCAGUGUGUAUUAAACUUGGAGUCGUUUCGAUUCUGCAACAUGUCGGAGGUAUCCAUUCAGGAUGUGCACUUUCUGGCGCUGCUAUCGCUAGAUGGCUGAUAUUCAAGAUUGUCAAUAUUAUAAGACAUCGCAACACUCAGCAUGAUGCUGUGAUUGCCACUGGCAUAAUCACAAAUCUACUUGUGAUCAUCUCCGUCCUGAGUGCCUUCCCAUGGAUUCGCAACAAACAUCACAAUAUAUUUGAGAGGCAUCAUCGCUUCAUCGGCUGGCUUGGCUUGGCGGCUACAUGGUGCUUUGUAAUUCUGGGAGAUACUUACGACUACACACUCGGUGUUUGGAGAACCGACGCUCACGCUCUGCUGAGCGCACAAGAACUCUGGUUUGCGGUAUUCAUGACGAUAUUCAUCCUCAUCCCUUGGUUCACUCUUCGAGAAGUUCCCGUAGAAGUCGAGAUUCCGUCGGCCAAGGUUGCCAUUCUCCGAUUUAACCGCGGAAUACAGCAAGGUCUCCUGGGCAGGAUUAGUCGCACCUCAAUUAUGGAGUACCAUGCCUUUGGGAUCAUCAGCGAGGGUCGGAAAUCUCCAUAUCAUUAUAUGAUCUGCGGUGUUCAAGGGGACUUCACUGCAAGUCUUGUUGCAGAUCCGCCGAAAGCCGUAUGGACUAGAGAGCUCAAGUUCGCUGGCGUUGGGCAUGCAUCUGCGAUGUUUAAAAGGGGAAUCCGCAUUUGCACCGGGACAGGUAUUGGAGCAGCACUAUCUACCUGCAUACAAAGCCCAAACUGGUUCCUGAUUUGGAUAGGCUCCGACCAGGAAAGGACUUUUGGGCCUACGAUAUCGGGCCUGAUCCACAAGCACAUCGAGCCAGAGAGGAUGAUUCUUUGGGACUCCAAGAAGCGCGGGGGUCGCCCAGAUAGUGUGCAAUUACUCAAGGACACAUGGGAGAGUUUUGGGGCUGAGGUCAUAUUCAUCACCUCAAACAUGCAGGGUAAUGAUGAAAUGAUGCAAGGCUGUCGCGCAGCUGGAUUACACGCAUUCGGUACUCUAUGGGACUUCUGA